AUGGCUGAAUUGAACGUUCUCCCUUCCGAGAUUGUCCUCCACAUAGCACGUUUUCUGGAACCCUUGGACAUCGUCUCUCUGCAGCACGUAAACAAGAGACUCCUUGCUCUUGGCCGAGAUGACACUUUAUGGCGCGAACAAUGCUUCACAGAAUCUUCAUUCCUUGAGAACCUGCGCCGCCGCCGAGAACUGAUAUCCACGGAUGCCGAACAAGACCCCCGCUUUCGGGAUCUCGCCUUGGCUUUAGCAAACGGAAAUGGGUUGGGCGAAUCCAGGCUUACCAAGCCGCGAGAAGAGGCACGAGAUCUCAAAGCUAGGUCGAACGAAAAGAUACGAAUAAUGGCCAACUGGGACCCGAGUUAUCCAUCAGAGAAGGUUCAAUGGUACAACGAAUACAUAGCCCGGAAUGCUCCAAUCUCCACGAGUUGGCUUCAACAGCCUCGGAAUCGCGAAAGUACCCAGCAUGAAUACCUUGAGAUUCGAGGCAUGGGACUCUAUACAGAAACGGGAGAAUCUGAUUCGUCCUUAGUUGUCGCCCCGUUAGAUGACGGCAGUGUGUGUGUAUGGGAUAUUGCUGGCACACAGGGCCGAAAAGGAAGCAUUGUAGCAAGAAGCAAGUCCGGGAUAUUAUUUGAACCUGAAGGCAUUCACAUAACUGCGCCCAAGGAUAGGUCAAAGAUGAUUAGCCCCGGUGUGACCGAGUGUAUUAGUAUCGACAACAUUCGCAAAAGAGCAUAUAUUGCUGUACAGGAAGAUCUUGUGGAAGUCGAUCUUCAGACACUUUCUACAGUCAGUCGCGAGAAAUUUCCUUUCUUAAUCACAGCUCUAUCCGAAGCUAAGUAUCCCGUACCACUCACUGUUGGUACGAAUCUCGCCCUCUAUCUGCAUGAUUCUCGUGCUAGGGGACAGCUGGGACAGGCAUCCGGGCUCUCUGAACGUCUUGAAUCCUAUGAUAUUAGUUUUGGGUCUUUGAAAGGCGCAAGUACGCGCGGCUUUCGAAGUCUCCUGAACCCCGAGCCCAGUCCAGUUUAUGCCCAUCUCUCCCAGCCUGGUCCAUUAAGUAUUCUACACUUGCCAAGCUCUGACAACGACUGGGAUGGAAAUGGUGAAAUCUACGUGGCGGGCCGUUUUCCAAGUAUUCUUAACUAUGAUCGUCGAUUUUUUCCUAGACUUCGAGGCACAAUAUAUUCAGGGGCUAGGCUUUGUGCCAUGACCUCGCUUCCUUACCCCUUUACUCAACUGGAGAAAGACCUGGCUAGGCGUGGUGAGCUUUCAACCGAGCAAGUUCACGAAGCCAAGACCCGUCCUGGACAGACCCUUAUCUGCGCAGGGGAAUAUAAUAGUAAAGGCUCUCUUGAGAUCUAUGGUCUUUCUCCGAACCCGCAGCAGACAACAAUAUCCUCGGACUUUGCAGCCGGAAAUUUGCAAAACUCUGUUUUGAAGAACCGGCAGACAUCGUCCAGCUCGAAAUUACUCUCAGUUUCUAACCACGGGACGAGGAUAGUCGUUUCCGAUGGCAGCGGGAAUCUCAAGUGGCUUGAGAGGGACGGCUUUACGGUGGCUCGAAAUUGGAAUGUUGCUCAAGGUUCUGUCGAGGCCCCCGUGGGGAUCUUUGGGACCAUGGGGGGUUCAUACAUGGACUCUGGGUCGUCGGGAGAUAUUGUCCUGAAACUCGCAAACACACAUCGCGGGAAAUGUGAGAGCCUCGUGAAUGAAAACCUUGUUAUGUGGACGGGCGAGAAGAUAGGAUUGCUUGGUUUCUCAAGCAAGCCCGGGUUCACAGCUGACAGUUUUGAGGAAAAGGUGGCACAGACCCCAGAAGAAGCUCGCACAGAGGAAGAAGAGCGUAGCUAUUCGCAGAUAAUGCGUGAGGCUUUGCAAGCUAACGCCCAUGAAGUCAGAUUCCUGCGUGGGUUAGGCCUUGGAAGAAGUGGACGUCGUUAA